CUUGCUGCCGUGCUGAGCGUCGCCAGUGCGCUCUUCUCGUCCACCUACAGCAGUCCCGUGUUCCCGUUUACGUCGUUUCAAGCGAGCAGAAACCUGCGGCACCUGCCGUGCGUGGUGCGCAACACGGGCGAGGAGGGCAUCUGUAUGUUCGCGAUCGACUGCUUCAAAUCGAACGGCACGCACCUGGGCGUGUGCAUCGACAAGAUCUUCUUCGGUUCCUGCUGCCAGGUGAACGACGACCGGUUACUGUUCGAUCCCGACAUAACGGAUAACAGUAUAGACCACAACUCGGUCGUCAACUUCCAGCACUUCCCGCCACCGUCUGUGAUGAACACGCACCGCAAGCCGCCCCUGACCGAGACGCGGCUGCCCACGAGCCCCCGGCCCGGGAACGGCACCAAGUACGAGCUGGUGAGUAGCUCCUCGACCACCACCAGCCGGACGACACCGAAAAACGCGAACCGCAGAACGACGGCCGCGGCCACCACGAAGCGGCCGCUGAAGGUGCAACAGAAGGACGACGUGCAGACGACGACCGAGUACCAGGAGUUCACCACGUUCCAGUACGUGCAGAGCAGCAAGAAUCCUGCCCAGCCACGGCCGCCUUCGCCGAUGACCGCCAGCAGGAGACCCCCGGGACGUCCGACCAGUGCUGCCAGCAGCACCACGGCGGCGGCUCCCACCACCACGAAGCCGUACAAACACCGUCGUCCGGUGGCGAACAAAACGACCAGCACGGAUCCGCCACCGACACUACUGCCCUCGACGACCCGCCGAGUACCGGUCGUGCCUUCCAGUCAGGUUACGCGCCUUCCGAACACCACGAUCGUGUCACGCAAACCGCCCAGCUCCCUGGCGUCGACACAGACCACUUUUGCCUCGCGCAGACCAACCACGACACCCGGGACGACGGCGCAUUCCCCACCGACCAAGACCGACUCGACAACGGCCGCCUCCUUUGUGCCUUUGACGCGACCCACGACGAACCGAAAGCGACCGACCGGGACGACUUUGGCGGAUAUUCCCGACACGACGACCCGGGCUCCUCGGCCCAGACCUAGACCUACCUCGCACGUGGCAACAGUUCCUGCCACUUCCCUAGAUCACUUGAUCGAAGCGCAUCACCCCUCGACGGAGUCCGGGGCGCUGAUCAACCGAUCGACCUAUCCCUCCACGACGGACAGGAUCACCGAGGGAACGACACCAACCCCGACACCGACUCCUUCGACACAGCUCAACCCACUGACUUCCUCGACGGUGAAAGCUCCACCGGCUCCGGUUGCUUUCGGGAGCCCGGAAGAUUUGGCCACCCUCGCCCGACCCGGGCUGGUCACGUGGAGCAGCAUCCUGGAGGAUGCGACGACCGAGCGGCCCAGCGGGAAUCAAGGCCCCACCACGUCCAACAGCUGGAUACUCAUACAGACACUAACCCCGGAAGAGGUCAUUGUUGCCAGUAAUCUCACUAACCAGCAUGAACCAUCCCCAUCAACCCAAGCGGCUCCACCGGCGGCCUCGGUCGAGGUGUCGUUCGCGCAAGACACCAAACUCCCGAUCGAAUCGCUGCUCCCGGAGGCGGCCUACGUCUACGACACGGUGCAGGAGGACAUCGCCACCACCAACCAAACGGCGGCGACUCCCGACGAGCUGACGGUGCACUCGCAGGUGACGGCCUCGCUACCCCAGCUGCCCAAAACGACCCCUCCGCCGGUCAGCCUGGCAACGACCCAGAGUUCGACGGAGGCACAGAAGCCCAUCGAAACGACAUUAGCCGCAACGACUUCACCAACCGGGCCCUUUACAUCCUCCGCCGCACCGACACUAACGACCGCCAGUGACAUGGCGGUGGCGGCGAGCGUAUCCGAACCGACAUCCUCCUCAUCAUCCUCAUCAUCACCAUCAUCAUCAUCUAGCGAGGAAUCUGGAUCUUCGUCGACCACGGAAUCGAUCGGUAGCCGUGAAACGACAACGCCGGUGGACGAGCUGACCGAGGGCACGACCGAGACGAGCGGUGAAGAAGAGGAGGAAGGCAGUGGUAGCGAGGAAGAGGCGAGCGAAGAAGGUGAGGAGGAAGAAGAGACCGGAACGGGUAGCACCGAGGGCGGUGAUGAGACGACCGAUACGACAACGGCGACGACGACACCGUCGCCGACGCCGACGGUCACAUACGUCAUCGGAAGCACGGAAGAGGAGCACAAAGUGACGAACGAGAGCGUCACCAGCACGCCAGCUCCUACUUCGUCACCCAGCGCUGUGUCCUCGACCUCCGGGGUGGUACCGACGGCCUCCACCUUGUCACCGGUGACGAUCGCCAAUGUGACCAGCGGGAGUACCUCGCCAUCGCCGUCAACGUCAGCCGAGCCGACCACCGGAAUGCCUGUCAAAUUCCCCGGCCAACCGGCAGCCAAUCAGACGUCAUCGCCAAGUCCUCCGACGACACAGACCACCCCGUCGCUGACGACGCUGGCCAACAUUACCACCGACGGUGUGACGCUCGCACCGGACUUCCUGACCACGUCCACGCUGCCGUCGCUCGAGGGCAUCGAUUACCGAACAGUUUGUGGUAAAAGGAUGUUCCCGGAGCCGCGCAUCGUCGGUGGCACGAAGGCGGCCUUCGGGCGGUGGCCGUGGCAGAUAUCGCUGCGUCAGUGGAGAACCUCGACCUAUCUGCACAAGUGUGGCGCUGCGCUACUCAACGAAAACUGGGCCAUCACGGCGGCGCACUGUGUGGACAAUGUGCCACCCUCGGACCUGCUGCUGCGCUUGGGCGAGUACGAUCUGGCCCUCGAGGAGGAACCUUACGGCUACCAGGAGCGACGCGUGCAGAUUGUGGCCUCUCAUCCCCAGUUUGACCCGCGGACGUUCGAGUACGAUUUGGCACUGCUGAGGUUCUACGAACCCGUCGGCUUCCAACCAAACAUCAUCCCCGUCUGUGUGCCGGAGAAUGACGAAAACUUCAUCGGCCGGACUGCCUUCGUUACCGGCUGGGGUCGUCUCUACGAAGAUGGACCACUGCCGAGUGUCCUGCAGGAGGUUACCGUACCGGUGAUCGAGAACAAGAUUUGCGAAACGAUGUACCGGAGCGCGGGCUACAUCGAGCACAUCCCUCACAUCUUUAUCUGUGCCGGCUGGAAGAAGGGAGGCUACGACUCCUGUGAAGGUGAUUCCGGUGGUCCGAUGGUCAUCCAGCGCCCGGAUAAGCGAUUCCUGCUGGCCGGUGUCAUUUCGUGGGGCAUAGGCUGUGCCGAGCCGAACCAACCGGGCGUCUACACCAGGAUAUCCGAGUUCCGAGACUGGAUCAAUCAGAUACUGCAGUUCUAG